CUCCCGCUCGCCAACGCCCGACCCAGCAGCAGCAACAACACCAGCACUACUCUCCAGAGCGGCCUCCCCAUCGCGCCCCUUCAAACGACACAAGACCGCGGCCUUCAGCCACGCCUAUCUCGCGCUGCUCAACGACGACAUCCUCGACGCCGCAUCACAUUUCACAACAACAACAACAACAGCAUUCCCUGACGACGGCGACAUCAACUGCAAUAGCUCCAAGCCCACAAACCUGGAAUCGUCACAGGUAGGCCUCACUUGCUGGAGCGAAGCCGAGAAGACGCUCUUCUUCGAAGCCCUCGGCCGGCUCGGGGCGGACAAUGCAAAGGGUAUCGCGGAGCGUGUCGCGACGAAGGGGGAGCUCGAGGUGCGGGCGUAUCUGGCGCUGCUGAGGGCGGAAACGGCGCGCCGGAAAGGGGGCGGGCGGGGCGCUGACAAGGCGACGCUCACGCCGGCCGAGAUGCCUGCUGCCGUGGAGCUCAGCCAGGCAUGCUGUGCGGCGCUGGAGGAGGCGGCCGAUGCUGUGUCGCUUCGGCAGGAGGCGUAUGAGGAGAGGGCCGAGAGGAAGCGGUGGGGUGGCGGGGACCAUUGGUUGAUUGGGAAGCGGAACUGGAGGGAGGUGGAGCGCGACCCGCCCGAGGGGAUGGAGGCGGUUUUGGGGUUGUUGAAGGCGGGGAAUUGGCUGUGGCUGAGCGAGCGGGUGUUUAUGAAUUCCACCGUGGAGGAGUACAACUGGGCGAGCGUGGGCGAGGAGAAGCCUGCCGUGCGAGCGACGGCGCUGGAGGAUUUCUAUGCGAUCGCCCUUGAGAUCACGCGGAGGCUGGUUGCUGCGACGAUAUUCGUAGCCGAGUCUAGGGUGAGGGCGAAGAGCAGGCAGGACGUGAGGGUGCGCAGGAGGGUGCGGAGGCAGGACGUUGAGGCGGCGGCCUUGUCGCUGGGGCUGUCUAUGAAUCGUCGUGGGUUCUGGGCAAGGUGUGCCAGGCGGCUGAGGCUGGAUAUACAUGGGGAUGAGGAUCAGGGUCAGGAUGUGCCCGACUGGGUGGGCCAGCGAGAGGAGCGCGAGCCGAUGUCAUAUGACGAGGUGGAGAGGGCGCUCGGCCUUGAGCCGGACAGCGUUGAAGAAGACACGGCCUCUGACGACGAGGCCGACUCAUCGGGGGACGACGCGGAAAUCAGGGACGACCUGGCGGCGCUUCCUGAUUCCGACAGUGGCUCGAUCGAACUCGGGGCCGGGACGCAGUAUGACACCGAGUACGAAGAGAGCCCUGUUGAGGACGAAGCGGAGAAGGAAGCCAUCCAGCGCGAGAUGAAUGAGAUCCUUCACCACUCUGCGCUCGAGUACCCGGAAACCUCCACUGCGCGCAACGCCCUGAGGAAACGGAUACGGGCCGAGAGGGCCCAUGAGGCGUAUGCCGACGCCGUGGAUGCCAAGGCAUCCUACCACGAAGAAAAGAGGUUAUGGGCCUUGCUGGGGCGAAAGCCUCCGAUGGAACUGGCCAAGGUAGAUGUUCCGGCGGAGCCCCCGAAGGACACCAAGAAAACGGUUGACGAUCUGGUCAGAGGAUUUGCCAGGAUACCCGGUGACUGGAGGAGUAAGCUGGAGAAUGUACCCAGUUGGUGGGAGAUGGAGUAUGCAGUGGCACAAGAGGAGAGGAGGCAGCAAGAGGCAUACGCUGUCACGGCCGCUGCGGUAGAUAGCGACGAUGGAAAUUGAUA